UACGUAGCUAAGUAAGUUAGCUUUUGCUAUACAAAAGCUAAAUUCAAGUGACAUCGUCAUAAUAACCAGCAUAAUAACGUCAAGGCGGUUGGCUGCAACCCGUAGCAGCGUCCCUCGCAAUUGGCAUGUUGCUUACAUAUCAAUGUGCAAACUGCUGCUAGUAGACUAGAUGGGCAUCGCGGCUUACUACGCACUGACGCUGGGGCUGAUAACGCUGGGCGGCACAUUCUUUGUGAAAUGGCCCACCGCGUCUCCGUCUCCGGUCGACCAAGGAUCUGUAUCUUCGUGGAGGCUCCCAGUUGCCGCGGUGGGAAGUACCACGCGGCUUGGCGAGGGAACCUUUGGAAAGCUCGUGUCCGAAGCGUGGAAGGAUAGUGCUCAGCAGGAUCCCAGCCUUAUGAACGAUCUGCUUCAUGAGCUACUCUCCGAAGCUCAAUUUACGGCCGCGGCUGAGCACUGGAAGCUGGACGCGGGUGCUGCGGGCAAUGCUGCAGACGGUCCUCAAGUAGAUGCCCACGAACUUCGCGACUUGCUGCGGGCAGCGCGGAAUCUCGAUGUCUCCAACAGCCAGCCGACAACUUCGCGGCCGGCGGAUAAUACGAACUCGGGUGCGACCGGCGUGACGCCCGCAACCGUGUCAGACUUAGUAAGGGAUUGGCUUCGCUCUGCCGAGAAGCUCGCCCAGCGCCUCCCGACUGCCGGGCGCGACACGCACGCCUUCGCCCGGCGGGCGUUGACCGCGGCGCUGUUGGCCACGUGGCGUGCAGCAGGAAAUGCUUGGAGCCAGGAGGACGACGACGCAGCAGUGCGCAUUCUGAAGCAGCUGUACAAGCUGCAUGCCGCCGGCGCGGGUGGCAAGUCCGCUGUGGAAUUUUACCACUUCUCCAAGGCGGCCGGGACCAGCGUGUGCAGGGCCUCAGCGGUGGUGGGGUGUACGACCUACUCGGUCAAGGACCAGUUCACGUGCCUCAUACCCGAGUUCGGGGACGGGCCGCGCUGGAUGGACCGCGAGGAGCACGAACGGCAGUGCGAGCGGGCGCUGCCCGACAUGGAGGACUGCCCCAAGAAGAUCAACUUUAAAAUGGCGAAGUGGGGCGCAGUCUAUUCGGCCAAGGACGUGCGCAACCGGUGUAGCAAGCGCGCGCAGCUCCUAAAUGAAAGCGACUGGACCUUCUACGCCAGUGAAUACACGCUCCGUGGUCGGGGCGGGCGGGUGGACGCGCCGCCGGCGGUGUGCCGUGAGUUCCUCAACCUGGCCGUGCUGCGGUCGCCACGCGAGCGGCUGCUGAGUCACAUGCGCUACCUGGUCACCCUCAUGAGCGGCUGGCUGGGGCCCGCAGCUGCCGGCAGCUACUUCGCACCCAUGGUCACAGCGGCGCAGUGGCGGGCGCUGCUGCCGGCGGCUCUGGACAACCUGUACGCACGCGCGCUGCUGGGAGAGAGGGUCUUUUAUGCGCCGCAGGGCGGCCUGACCCCCGAGGAGCACCUGACGCCAGCGCGGGCGGUGCUGGCUGCGGCCAUGGAUGUGGUCCUGGUGCUGGAGGACCCGGAGCCGCUGUCGGUGCUAGGGCACCGCUGGGGCCUGGGCUGGCAGCACACGCUGCUGGACGAGGAGGGGCGCAGCAGCGAGGAUGUGGGCGGCCGCGUGCGCGCGGUCAUGGAACAGGCGUUGGGUGUGCUGGCCGGCUCCGAACUGGAUGCGCUGGUGGCGGCAAACGCCCUGGACCAGCGGCUCUACGACUGGGCCCGACUGCUCACACGCCUGGACGGGAUGGUGUGGGCGGCGGCGGCGGCGGAGGCCGGAGGCGGCAGCAGCGGUGGCAAGGCGGAGGAGCCCGCGGCAGUAGCUGCCGUGCGCGCUCGUGCUGCCGCCAGUGGAGCUGAUGUGGCGGCGGGCGGCGAUGCCGGCGGCGCCGGCCUGCGCAAUGGAGGCGUUGGGACCAGCGAGGUGGCGGCGGUGGGAGGCGUAGCGGAGUUUCGGCACCAGCAGCAUCGUAAGCUACAGCGCCAGGUACAUAGUAAAGGACAGCGGCGGCAGGAGGCCGAGAGUGCGGCGGCUGACAAGUUGGCUGCUGCUCAGGGGCGGUGUGGGCACGUGGGGGCUACCGCGCGAAUGCAUUAAUUGUUCAUUAUUGUUCAAGUGGUCAAGCGUGGAAUAGGCUGAUACGGAGCAGGAUUGUUUGGGCAGGGGGCAUCUGGUGCAUGGCUGCAUGGCGUGCGCAUCUUAAAUUGAUUUUAAACCUUAGACCUAGCAGUAUUGAUUAGUAUUGUACUUUGCGAUGGCGUGUACACCACAUGCGAGAGUUUUGCGGGGUAAACACCUGGGGGCAAAAGCUGAUAUCUGUCGAAGAAAAGGGUUAUUGCCAGAAGCCAGCCCCUGAAGGAAUUGGGCCGCAGGGGUCGAAGGAAAGCGAAGUAGACUAGAACGAGGUUGAGAGCAACCCGAGUGCCGACAGUACUGUCACGUCCGAGCGUGUGCAGCUUGCUGUUUUGCGUGCCUGAUGAAAGCUGUCUUGGCGUGCGAAUGCUGUGCGGGCUGGUGCUGACUGCUGACAUGUAGGCGUCGGCUCAGGCUACUCAGCAUGUUGCAGUGGCUUGCAAAUUGUCUGUUUUACGUCCAUCGGACAGGCCUCUCAUAUGCUGGUCAAAGGCUAGCUACCCAUGUAUGUGGCUAGGAUCGGACUGAGAGGCAGCGGGUCUCGCCCCUUCAUCCUCACGACCGUCUGUACGGCAUACACCAUAAGCACCAUGCACGGGGCGUGCCCCUGCGCCCCUCACGCCCCCAGCGGUUGAGCUUUCCAAGGAAUGGGCAUGCCUUAGUUUAUAGCAGGGGACGUUUAUACGCUGUGUCGGGCGCAGGGUGUGUUGCAUUUGGGAUUCCUUCCUGAUCCUUCUGCAAGAGUUACUCAGAUGAAGCAUGUAGAGCGUUGGGAGUUUUGGACGGCACACGUACGGUGGCUCGAUGGCUGUCACAGAUGCCGUAGCGCGCGUCAGGACCGCUUGUCUUGGCACCUGGACACGGAUAUCCUGUAAUUCAGGCACCUGGUAAAACGCAUC